AUGCUUAUAAACUUGGUUCCAUUAAUAACAAUAUGCGCGAUCGUCAAUACCCAGAAAUUUCGUACGGACUACAUGUGGGCUCAUGCAUUUAAAACCUUCUAUAGGUUACACGAUUUAUCAACGACCUGGCAUCAAGCACGACAAAUUUGCGAAGCCGAAGGUACAUCACUAUUAGUACCAGGUUCAAUAGAAGAAAUGGAAAACCUGAAACUUCUAUUGAGUAAUAUGAAAGCGCAUUAUACUGCUAUAUUUAUUGGGAUACACGACCAAUUUUCAGAGGGGGACUUUGUAACCACCAAAGGAGAACCAAUAACUGACACAAUUUUGGAUUUACUUUGGGCAGAUGGUCGGCCUGAUCAAAGUAAUGGUACUGACAAAUGUUUAGUAAUGACAAGAGAAGGUUUGUUCGAUAAUCGACCAUGUAAUGACAUGUACCCCUUUGUUUGUAAAAUAUUGGGCAACCAAAGCCGAUAUAAUGAAAAAUGUGACGGAUACGACGUCGGCUACGUACCACACGAAAACGGAAAAUGUUAUAAAUUUCACUCUGAACCAUUGUCAUGGCAUGACGCGUACCUUGUGUGUAUGUUAGAAGAAGGUCGUCUCUGCAUUAUCAACUCAGCAGAAGAGGCCAGUUUAGUUGUUAACAUACUUGGGGAGCAUCUAAACAACAUAGCUCCAGAUUCAACCAUUUUGCAUAUUGGAUUUAGCGAUUUAAUGUUCCCUUUUCAAUACAGAACCAUAGCAGGAGAAACUUUAGAACAAGCUGGAUACUCAUUAUGGAGCCCCUUACAAGAAGUGACACCACGCCCUCCGACCGAGCGGGAGUUGCGCCAAGAGCUGACAAGCCUCGCAGGGGCAAAAGAUGGGAGGAGAGGCCUUCCACAAUUUUUCACCGAGCAAAAUGAGGAAGACACACCCCAGGGACUCGGCUGCAUGAACAACAGUUUUUCAUCGCCC